AUGGCGACAGUGAAUAAUUCCGACGAAUUCGACUAUGAAAUCUGGGCUCCGGUGGCGAAAACUACACUAAUCGAGCAAGGACUUUGGGAUGUUGUCGAAACCGGAGUCCCUCCAGAUCCGUCGAAGAUUCCAGAAUUAUCGGCGACGAUUCGACCCGAAGAACUUUCCGGAUGGAGAGAUCCCGCCGCGAAAGACAUGAAAGCGAUCCAGGUAUUGCAAUCUUCUCUCCCAGAUUCGGUUUCCAUGAAAACUCUCUCUGCUUCUUCGUCCAAAGAGGUUUGGGAUUUGCUUCAAAAAGGUAACGACGAAGCGAAGAUACUUAGAUUAGAGAAGCAAUUCGAAGAGAUUAGCAUGGGUGAGAACGAAUCGACCGAUUCCUACUCCGAUAGGGUUGACGAAAUCAUUUUACAGUUGCGCGAUUUGAAAGUUGAGAAAUCCGAUUCUGAGUUUAUGAAAAAGUUGUUAGACUCGUCCCGGGCAAACGAUGGUGUAGCUACUCUGUUGAAGGAACUCAAUGAAGUUCAUAAUAUGAGUUUCGAAGGUCUUGUUGAGUAUUUAUUUGCAAUUGGCCAUGGAUAUAAACGGAUAACAGAAGAAGUUCUACUUGGAGUAGUGAAGGAUCUGAGGAGCCUUAAAUCCACUUAUGAUGAGAACAUGUGGAUGCAAGAGGCUAUUCAAUCGGCGAGGGAGAAAGAGGCCAACGCAUUAUCCGCGAUAGGACUGGAGCAGAAUUGGGGGAAACUAUGUGGGUCGGAGAAGAAAUGGCUCUGCUUUGUUGGUCUGAUUCAUAUUCUGCUACUGGAUUAUGGAUUCUUUGAACCUAGAAUGGCUUGGUUUUAA